CCCUGUUUUCGUGUCUUUCUUAUAUAUCUCGGUGUAUCUAUCCGUGGUGAAAAACACUCUUCGCUCCUUUUCCUACUAACCCCAGUCGUUCCUUAUCCCUAACUCAAGUUGUCCACUCUUUGGCAUACAACCGUACAUCCCUACAGUUGCUAUCAUCAUAACAUUCAUUGUAUACACUGUUUCAUCAUCUGAAACAUCCUGAUACCCAUAGUCAUCUAUAGCUUUACAUUCCAAGUUAGUUCUACUAGCUCUAAUCUAUAAUCACAUCGAUAUGAAAUUCACAACCUCCGUCUACUUGGCGGUGUUGGCUACGAUAGCCACUGUCCAGGCUGGCUGCUCCUUCGUAGGAGGAAACUACUACUGCUCCCAGACCGACAAAAUCAUAUACAACGGCCUCGGCUACUCAGGGUCGUACCAGGACGUCGUCAGCAUGGACGAGUCCACUGGCCAGUGUUCGCAACAGGCCUACUCCUUCUCUGGUAACUUGUCGCCAUUAGACGAGGAACUUUCUGUCCACUUCAGAGGUCCCUUAAAAUUGAAACAGUUUGGUGUCUACUACCCAGCCUCUAACUCCAAAAGAGAGGACGCAGCUGAAGACUGCGUCAAGAGACACAUCCACCAUAAGCACAAGAGAGCUACCGAAAUCUUGGAGGUCACACACACUGUUAUCGUCGAUGGUCAGGGUAACACCAUCGCCAAUCCUGGUGCCUCUUCUGUUGUAGCUGCGCCAGCUCCAGUCGAAAGCUCUGUUGUUCAAGACAAAGCCUACAGACCAGACAUCUCUACCAAUUCCGCUCCUACUACCACUACAGAAGCACCAGUUCCUAGCUCUUCUUCAGUCUCAUCUGCCGCUCCUUCAGCCUCUAGUUCCGGCUCUAGCCCAGCUUCCGGAGACUGGGUCAGAUCCUCUUACUACACCCCAGGAAGUGCUGACAACUGUGUCUUCUUGAACUACUAUGGUGGCUCCGGUUCUGGAGUGUGGUCUUCUACCUUCGGUAACUCCUUGUCGUAUGCAAACUCCGAUGCCUCCGGUGGUUCUUCUUCCCCUGUGGCUCUCAGUGACACUACCCUCGCCUCUAAUAACGAGUUCCUCAUCAUGUCUGGUAACCAGUGUAGCGGUAGCGACUGUGGCUUCUACAGAAAGGGUAUUCCAGCUUACCACGGAUUCGGUGGUGCCAACAAGAUCUUUGUUUUUGAAUUCGAGAUGCCUUCCGCCGGUAACGGUGGUGGUUUCAACUUUGACAUGCCAGCCAUCUGGAUGUUGAAUGCUAAGAUUCCUAGAACUUUGCAAUAUGGUAAUGCCGAUUGCUCGUGUUGGAAGACUGGUUGUGGUGAAUUAGACUUGUUUGAAAUCUUGAGCGCUGGCUCGGACAAGUUGAUCUCCCAUUUGCACGACGGCCAGGGUUCUGGCACUGACGGUUCCAACUCCGGUGGUGGUGGUUCCCAGGACUACUUUGCCAGACCUACUUCUGGCUCGUUGAAGGCUGCUGUUAUCUUUACAGACUCAGCCGUCCACAUCUUGGAGGUCACUGAAGACUUUGACCCUUCGCUCUCCCAAGAAACCGUCGACGCCUGGAUCAGCAAGCAGGGUUCCAGCGCCUCCAUCGGCUACUAGAUGGAAUGCAUGCUCUUGUAUUUUUACCCUUUUCACUUAAAAACAGUUCGUCUGUCAUUAGAUUGUAUUUUAAUUGUCAUGUUUAGUUUG